AUGUCGACUGCGGAAAAGAAGAAGGUUACGAGAAAGAAGCGCGACCCCGACGCCCCCAAGAGAUCGCUCUCGGCGUACAUGUUCUUCGCCAACGAAAACAGAGACGUUGUGAGAUCGGAAAACCCCGGGGUGUCGUUUGGCCAAGUGGGUAAGCUUUUGGGGGAAAAGUGGAAGGCGCUCACCAGCGAGGAAAAGACGCCCUACGAAGCCAAGGCCGAGGCCGACAAGAAGAGAUACGAGAAGGAAAAGGCCGAGUACGCUAAGAAGCAAGCUUAG